AUGUAUGUAGCUAUCAAUAGGGUUUUCAAGAAUCAGCUCGAAAGAAGCGUUAUUGAUUCUAAAUCGGCGCACCGGAAAGAGAAGAAAGAGAAGAAGGAAAAGAAGGAGAAGAGGAAACACAAGAAAGAAAAACAUGAGAAGUCUCGAAAACAUUCGUCAAAGAAAGCCGACGAUGUUCGCAAAGGAGAAGUAUUUCCUUCCAAGAAGGUCUCGGAUGAGUCUGAGCAGCUUGAGAAGAGUGGUUUGACCGAAGAGCAUGAGGGACCUCAGAACCAAAUCGGUUAUCUAUCUGAUGGAAGCCAGAAUAGUAAGAAGAGGAAGAGAGACGACUCUCCUCCUGCCGUUGAAAGUGUUAUCAAAGCUGCAGCUGUAGUAGGAAAGCCUCUACGGAUCCGGUUGAUUUUGAAGAAACCAAAGGCAGAGGAAGCACCUGUUACUCCUACUCCUCCAGAGAGUGUUGUUUGCUCCACUUUGGUUGGGCAACAAGAUGUCAUUACAAGCUCUGUCUCAUGUCCGAAAAUAUCUGAGCCUGAAGUGGUUCUGCCGUCAACAUCUGCGGCUGCAGUAGGUGAGACAAAGAAGAGAAAGAAACACAGGCCAAGCAAAGAAGAACGAUACAACGCAUUGUUUGAUGAUUGGACUCCACCUUCCUCCAUUUGUUUUUCUGCCAUGGAAGUCGAUUCUUCUUCCAAGGAUGAUGAUGAUUGGCUAUUUCCAAAUAGGGCGCAAGAGAAGCUUAGCCACAAAGUUGAAGCCAAGAAGGAUGAAGACAUUAACAUGAGUUUGCAUAGAAGUGGAGAUUCCUCGUGGCCUAGAGCUCAGUUUUUGUCGGAAGUCGGGAUUUAUUCCUUACCUUAUACAGUUCCGUUCUGA